AUGACCUUUUGCAGCAGCGUCAUCCUCGGCCAGCCCGAGAUCGCGGCCAUCGUCUUUGGCUACCAGGAUGGACUCUACGAAGACUCCUUUCGCCAAACGUUCGCGCCGAACGAUGUGUGGUCGGACGACUUCGGGCACAUUCGCCCUCGAUUGUAUGCGCUGCACGAAAACGAGCUCGACGCGCGUCUGCCGCUGCAUGACCGCCUCGAGAUCGCCGAGCCGCUACUCGACACGAUCUACCUCCUCGACAACAUCAGCUUUCUUCUGGACACGCUUGCGCUGCCCGGUCGCCGCCACAAGACGACGCUCCACAUUUGA